AUGGUUUGCGAUGCGCUUUCCAUUCGUGUUUAUAGUGAAUAUUGCUCUACAGCUGGAGAGCAAGGAUGGAUAUGGAAUCCAAAUAUAUUUUACGAAAAGUCAUUACGGAUUUCUUGUGUUUAUUUGUUGGUAAGUUACAAUUCUUACAUUGUCAUUGCUCUUCCAAUCCUUCUAUUUUAUUAUUAUGGACAGCCUUAUGAAAGGGGAUUUUUCUGUGAUGAUGAAUCUUUAAGACACCCUUUUAAGCCUUCAACCAUAACAAGUGGUAUGCUGUAUGUUCUUGGAAUGCUUUUACCAAUCAUAAGUUUCAUGAUUACAGAGUACAUUCAUUUUCGAGAAUCCAAUGGACAAGCAGCAAAAACUUUCCUUGGAAGAGCUAUUCAUCCUUGGGUAUGGAAGUGUUACCAAAUUAUUGGAGUGUUUGGAUUUGGAGUGGCGUGCUCUCAUUUAAUCACAGAUAUUGCGAAGUAUUCUAUUGGGCGUUUAAGACCUCAUUUCUUUGAUGUCUGUGAUCCCAUGAUUAAUUGUACUGAUCCAUACAAUAAAUACAGAUAUAUCAUUGACUUUGAAUGUAGAAAGACCCAUGAUAAACAUCUCUUAAAAGAAAUGAGAUUGUCAUUUCCUUCUGGACAUUCAUCAUUCUCUGCUUAUACAAUGGUCUUUUUAGCAAUGUAUCUUCAUGCAAGAAUGACCUGGCAAGGAUCAAAAUUACUUCGUCAUUUCUUGCAGUACAUAUGCAUACUUAUGGCACUGGUUACUGCAAUGUCAAGAGUUUCUGACUAUAAACAUCAUUGGAGUGAUGUGUUAGCUGGCACAUUGCAGGGUUCUGUUGUGGCAAUUCUCACGGUCCUUUUUAUAUCGGAUCUAUAUUCCCGCAAACAUGCCGCAAUUCCAGUGCCAGACAGUGAGCCUCCAACUACUCAUUCAGCCAAUAGUGGGACCAACAGAAUUUGCUGAAUGCCAUCUUCUGCUUGCAAGAAAGAAGAAAAAAUACUGCUUUUAGCAGUGCAAUGGGUAUUUUUUAAAUGACAUUUAAAUAAAAUAGAUACAUUGCUGUAAUCAUAAUGUUCUUCCCGACAAUUUUUUGCUAGGUAGAUUAAAUACUCAAGUUCCUGUUUGUACUAGAGCUUCCCUUAGAAAGAUUUAACUUCAUUGUCAAUUUUUCUAAGAGUAAUAUUUGAAGGUAUUGUUUAUAAGUAGAUUUUUCAAUGAACUGUGCCUGAGAUACAAUAUUCAUCAGUGGGAGUUGCAGCUAACUUGGGCAAGUUCAUUUCUGGUUCUUCCUAAGGCAUUUUCUUUAUGUUCAUGAAAUUGUGAAAUCCUUUAAAUUCAUUCCACUGGCAGGGUAUGUUCUUAUGUAAUUUGUAAAGCACAGCUAGCCAUGAUGUAUUUUAAUUUUAUUUCUAAGGUUGAUUUGUGGCAGUUUAUUUUUUUAAAUUUCGUUUUAACAUUUUUACAUCACAUUUUGCUAGUCAGUACACAUUAGAGAAUGUUUGUGUAUUAAAAAUACACAAACCUUGAGUACAUGAUGAUGAUGAUUACCAAUUUAAGAAAGAUCGCCAAGUGGGAACUAGUUGGUGAGAGAACGAUUUUUAAAAGUGAUUAGAAUUUUAGUAUCAUUUAAAAUUUGUGUUAAUACUGGGAAAUUAAUGUUCAGAAUAGACUGUGUGCAAAAUAUAUUAUAACACAGAAAGUAUAUAUAAAAUCAUUAUUUUUAAAUUUAAGAGAAAAUAAUGGAAGUGAUUAAAUUUUAAAAAUUCAUUAUAAAUUUGCUUAACUUUUUUUAAGUAGUGCCAUUUUUUCCAUUCACACUAGACAUUUGGAAAUAAUUUAAUUAUUUUGAAUUUUAAAGAAAUUAUUGCAAUUUGCAGAAUUUGAAAUGAGCGGAUUUAUUAUUAAUAGUGUUUUAAGAACUAUUAAAUUUAAGUAAAUCUUAGCUUUUAUUUCUGAUAAACGAUCUCAAAGCUAUCUUAAAUGUUUCUGAAGCAUUUUUUUUAAAUAGCAUUUCCAUUUUCUUUUAGCUCUUGAGAACCCCACUUGGAAAUCGUAUUUUUGAUAAGAAUGGGUUUGUGGAGGUUAUGGAAUGAUAAAUGUAUUAUUUUACAACAAUUUUUGAAAAUUUUAAAUAUUUUGUGGCGUAAAAAUCAAUUUUGUUUAAACAUUUAAAAUGGAUUUUUUUUUAUUCUAUGUUAAGGCCUAAGAAAUUAGGAAGACAAAUUAAAAUUUGUGAUAUUUCUUAAACAGCUGUAUACAAAAUAUGUUGUUAUAUUAUAUUAAUUGUUAAUGUUGCUUUGUUAAUUUCAAUUGUUCAUCAUGUAUUUACACUUUGAUUUUUUUUAACAAUGUAGAAAAACUAACAAUAGUUUUAGUGUGCUGUGUUAUAACUGCUGAUCUUAUUUGAAAUUUUGGUUUUCCUAUUAAUAUUCAUUAUGCACAUGCAAAUUACAUAUAAAUUUUUGAAUUCAUCUUGAAAUAGUGUGGAAGUUCCUCCUAAGUUCAGAUUUUUUAGUUUAAGCACAAUACACUUAAGUAUAAAAAUCAUGUCUUGUCUGUUUAUCUUGUACUGUUUCAAAAGCUUGAGGCAUUAUUUCCUCCAAAAUAAGAGUCACGUUUUUACAAUCCUCCAACUAACUGCAAAUUUGUUAUCAACACAAUAACAAUAUACUUCUGCAUUUCUGAGAUAUUCUUGAGAAUUUCAAUGACCAUCAGGGGUCAUUAAAAAAACAAAAAAACAGAUAGAAAAUGUGUGUGUGUGUGUGUGGGGGGGUCUUACAACCCUGACAGAAGCAAAUUUGGGGGUUGAUGAAAUAUGAACGUUCUUAUAAUAUUUAUUACAAAAUGUUAAAUAAUUGACUUAAAUGAAUGUUAUGAAUGUGAUGGUAAGUGAAAUUAAUAAUUAAUCAGAAAUGUGUUUUGAGAUUACAUUUGAAAAAA